AUGGAUGUGGAGAUGACAGACGCAAACCCCAGCCGGCCAUCUGAGACCAUUAUUUCGGACAGAGACUUGGUCAAGAUCGUACGAUCUCUUGAUCAAACGGGUCCAGGAGCCAAUGGCGAAAAUCUUGAACGAUUAUGGAAGCAGCUCACUUCUGCUAGUCAGAGCCCGUUCUCUGCGGCCGAAGAGAGCGUUCUCAGAUGGCUCCUCAAGGUUAUGAAAGCGAACAAUGACGAGGCCGAGACGAUCCGACGAUUCCCCCUGACAUGGCGCAUACUCGGCUGCGCUUUCCAGAGAAUACCCCUAUUCUCUCUUGCUAAAUCGCUUGCCGACCGAAAGUUUAUGGCCGUUCUGCAGCAAACCCUUAAGGGUGUUGCAAAACCCAGCACCGAAGCCGAAACGCCAGCUUCCAAGUCGAAGAAGAGGAAGAGGACAAGUACCGCGACGUUUGAGUUGCAGACACUCAAAUCGUUCGAAGGCUGCUUGGGAACUGGCGAGGCUAUAUUCGGCGUGUUGAAAAUCCUCCUGGCACGUCUCGACUCUGAGUCUCAGUGGUCUGCCCACGACAGAAUGGGAGCGGAACAUAUCAAGGCUCUCUUUGCACAACCAGCCACUGAAGCGGUAGAAUAUCUUUCGCCUCUGCUUUUGCUUUGCGACUAUUCCCUGGCCGCAGCAGACACCGAACUGUUCGAUUCGCAGGAGUCCUGGGUGAGGGUGUUCUCUUCUUCUUGGGAACUGCAUCUUCAGGGGAGCGUCGACGCAUUGGAAGUUGCGACACAUUUUUCGCGGACGUGCAUUUCCAUACUCGGAAAGAUAAGGCAGCGGCCGGACUUUGACGACCAAGUGGCCAGGCUCUGGACCCGAGACCUGGAUAGGUUUCUGCAGCGCAACCUAGUUCUGCCGGCUAGGUCGGCGUACCUUAACAGAAACGAUCUUGAGGUUGUCUUCCGUGCUUUAGAAAUGGUCAAGAGCAAUGCCUCCGUUUCUGUGCCGAUCCUUUACAGUCUGGUGUCAUCUGCACCAAAAGUUGUCGGCGGACUUACUACAACCAAAGCCGAGGAGGCCUGGAUGCAAGAAGUCUUCAAAUUGUCUGAGCGUACAAUUAAACGAUUGCCCAGAGACGAAAAGUCGCAGGCGAUGGCCGCCAUGCUCGAGGAGGCGAUUACGAACAAGUCUUGCAUUGCCCUGGACGAUCUUCGUUUGGUCUCCAACUACGCGAUUGUUGAGAGCCCCAGUGAAACUGAUUGGCGCCUCCUUUCUUUGAUUGCCAAGUGCGACGCAGAUGUCUUCCUGCAGUCCGAAGAGAGUGCACAGCUAUUCGACCAAGUGUGCGACAGAAUUACUGACGCUGGGGCGAAGGCCGACGAGGCAACUAUGCAUGAGCUUAUCGAGUCGUUAAUCGCUGGCUUUGAAAACGCUCGUGACCUGUCGACCUUCUUGCAGAAAUGGUUCUCCCAGCUGUCAAAAUUCGAGGACAAGGCGCUGCGCUCUGGGGACCGGCCUGUCUGGUUCACCCGGGUGCAUCGCCAUCCGACGCUUAUAGGCGGUAUCGAGAAGUCUUUGACAACCAAACAAAUCGUUGGCUUGCUGCAGUGGGUCGAUGGCCAGGAGAUCCUUCGGCCGGCGGCAGUCUUCAUCUUCCUCGAUACCAUCGCAUCUGCGAUCACUAGAGACGAUUUCGCCGACGCUGCCGGUAACCAACUGUCGGAUCUGACACUGAAAGUCUGGUCUUCUAGCAAGACUCCGUCUGACAUUCGCUCUUUACGAUGGAGAAUCAUUUCCAAGACGGCAUCGUGGCUAGAAUACGAACGAGCCACCGCUCUAUGGGACAAGGUUCAAACUGACCUGACUAAAGCACUGCAAAAAGCCAAGUUCGAUGAUGAAGACACUUGUGAGGCUCUGGGUUGCGCAUACCACUUCUGGUUGUCGAUGUAUCCGGAUGGCCGCGAUCAAGCCGAGCUUGCUUCACUACUAACGUCUUUUAUUGAAAGACUGUUGAAGAAAGUCAAGCUGGAAGACCUUCAGGGGCUGUUUGCUUCUCAAGACUUUUCGAGUGCAAGCACAUUCGAUAUCCCCAAAUUCUGCUCAGAGUUCCCCCUGGCCGCGUCAAAGCUCGUGCUUUUGCUCGCCAAGUCUUCCGGCACUCUGCCUGACUAUCUACAGCGCAUCUUCAGUACAACGAAGGAUAGCGAUACGCAACUGGAAAACGUCCUUCAUGCUGUUUUGUCAAAUGAGAACAAUCUCAGCAACAGAAAGCUCGUCGGUAGUGUCGUUGAUUACACCAUUGAAAUGAUUUCGCAAGUCCCGAGCGAGUCUUUUCCUUGGGCCGAGAAGAGGAGCCGGGUUGCGAUGGUUGAGCUUUCAAGAGUACCUGAUGAAUCAUUUACUAGGCAGCAGAGAGAGCGAAUCAUGGAAACCAUGAUUCCCAAGCUACAAGCGGCAGGCAGGGUUGAUCUUCAAGACUGGCAUCUGGUUCUGGGACUGCUGGUAAAGCUCAUGCGAAGACCUACCUUUUACCAGAACAUGUCAUUCUCCGAUCUACAGAACAUUGCGCACUCGCUAGCGCCGCUCUGUGACGAAAGCGACUCUCGGACGGCUCUCGGUUUAUCCCAGCUUUUAUACCAGCUGGCAAUAACGACUGUACGUCAAAUGAACGAUCAUCAGGAGUGGCGCACGGAGUAUUUCGUAAAGGUUUCAGCCCUUCUUAAAGACCUUGCCGGCGAUGCCUCUUCUGUACAGAUGACUCUGCUCAAGGCACUACUUGCCAUUGUGCUCCCUGACGUUAGCUCCAAGGAGAAGACUGCCGUGUUCGACAUUGACGCGACGGCGUCGGCCUUGGGAAGCAUUGUCCAAGAUACCUUGAGCAACUUCGCCAAGGCGUGGCGAAAACAAAAUAUCACCAAUGCCUUGGUCAACCGAGUGCUGAUAGCACUGGACGCAGCUGAGGCUCUGCCAGAAGCCGUCGUUGAACAGCUGAAAGUCAAGGUUACCCAGCUCGAGGAGGCGAGUCAACAGGCCAUCUCCAACGGAUCCUUCAGUGGCUGGAAGUUGCAGUCGUUUCUCAUCAAGCGAUUCCCAUCCAAGGUAGCCAACACCCGUCAGACUUCGUUCGGACAGCUUUUCAGCACUACCUUGCCUGCGCCGAUGCCCAGCUGUCCAGUUCCUGACCCGCUUUCUGAUUUCAAUCGGCAAACUGUACUUGAGGAUACCGUUGAUGCGGCUACCGCUGAUCUCGACUACAAUGGCAAGGUUCAGUACGUUCAGAACCUCCUCGCAGGCGUUCAAGCAGAGGUAGCCCCUCAGGCCGGCUGUUCUUCCGAGGGUCAGCUUCUGGCUAUCCGCCGCGUAGUCAGCCACUUGGCAGAAGCUCCCGCAGGGCGCGAGAAGACCAAAACCUUUGAUCUGUCCACGGCCCAUGGCAUGCUGGUCAGACACCUGACCCAAACGAAGACUGUGCGCGAGUUCAUCAGGACCGCCGAGGUUCUCCAGGAGCUCCUUGAUGUCAAAGCCAACGCCAUGACCCAGUGGAACAUCGAGACGACCCUAAGCACAGCUGCUGUGAUCGUCGCUGACGAUCCUGGCCAUCUCCUGGAGGCGUCCCCAAGUGUGUACCAGUGGCUCUGCAAGCUAGUGGAGGUGGUCAUCAAGAAGCACCGCCUCCGCCUCGAAGGCCACUACCACAUCCUCGUUACCACCCUCGAGGCCCUUCUCAGCGCCCUUGCUCGCCCCUCGCCGCAGCACAGUACUCCCACGCCCGCUCGCGCGAAGCACGCCGCGCAUUUCACGCGCCUUGUCACGCUCAUCUGCGAGCCUGCCGCGGCAGCCGUCUCGCGUGUGCAACAUCUGAGUGCUCUCGACUCGGCGACCGAUGCGGCGAAGCGCUCCGCGGGUCGGCACAUGUAUCUCGUACUCAUGGCGUAUGUCAAGAUGCAGCUGGACGUUGACAUCCCGCGUGACGUGCGUGAAGCGUUGGAGCCAGGCAUGAACUCUGUCUUCGACAUCACGCCGCUUGAGGUGAGGAAGAUUCUAAAUGACAGUAUGGACGUUAGUGGAAGGGCGAUUUUGAGGGAGAUGUACAAGAGAUACACCAAGUUUGGCAAGUGGAGCGGUGUAUAA